AUGGGUCACCCGUGGACAGCUUUAUUGUUGAUUUCGAGUGUCUCCGCUUUAAUUCCCAGAGAGCUUUUGUUUUCCGAUCCAAAAUACUCAGCAACUUCUUUAUCAAAUGAUGGACGAUUCAUUGCUUUUAUUGGACCUGAUGAGAAUGGGAUUCGAAACGUUUUCACGAAAUGUGUGAACUGUCGCCAUACUCGGCAGGUCACUUUCGAGAGAAACAAUCAUGUUCAAGGCUACCAAUGGACUGCUGUACCAGAUAUCAUUUUGUAUAUGUAUGAUAAUGAUGGUGAUGAAAACACAAUGAUUUUCAAAAAGAAUAUUUCACAGGCAGCUCCGAAAGAUGACUUGGUUGUCGUUUCAAAUCGUCCUGGUGUCAAGGGACUCAUCAUUGCAAACAAUCGUGAAGAUCGAAAAGUGUUGAUUGGAAUGAACGACGCAUCGCCAGCUUACCACAAUGUUUACGAGUUUGAUCUUUACACAAAUCAACUUACUCUCAAGGUUCGCAACACUCGUUUCCCAAUGUUCGUUGUUGACAAUGAGCUCCGAAUUCGAUUAGCCAGCCAACAAAUGGAUGAUGGUAGCAUGAUGUACUAUAGAUUGACCCCUGAAGCUGAAAAGAUUACACCAAUUCCAACUGAUGAGGGAAGCUGGCAAGAGUAUCUCCGCGUCUCACCCGAUGACAAACCACUUUCAAUGCCUAUCGGUUUUGACAAGUCGAAUGAGAUUAUGUACUGGAUUUGGGGAGAGGGUUCGGAUCUUGGAAAUCUUGUGCAAUUUUACUUUGAGAAACCGGCUGAGAAAGAGGUCCUCUACACAGCAACUCGUGCGCAAAUUGGGCAAAUCAUCACACAUCCCUCGGAGAAGAAUCUGUUGGCUGUCACAGAGGUUUACCAUCGCCCUGAACUCUAUGUAGCUAAUGAGAGCGCGAUGGAGGAUUUCCAGUACCUCGUCAACCUUCGUCCACACGGAUCUCUUCAGCUUUUGUCGCUUAGCAAAGAUAUGAACACAUGGCUAGUCACAUACCUCUCUGCUGAGAAACCCUUCGAAGUCUUUGUCUAUCGACGUUGGCUGAAGACAGCCGAGUUCCUUUUCAACACUCAUCCUCAGCUCGAAGGUUUCAAAUUGAACAAAAUGGUUGGCUUCGACUUUAUGACAAGGGACAACAUGCAACUCCAAGCCUAUCUCUCAUUGCCACCAGAUGCAAAAUUGCAAAACGCAACCGAUGUCCCGGUGGCGGAUCGAGGUUUGGCUGAAUUGGGAAUGCUUCCGCUGAGAUCACAAAAGUUGGUGGUAAUGGUUCACGGUGGUCCAAAAGCACGUGACGUCUAUGGGUUUAAUCCGGUGAACGCUUGGCUCACCAGUCGAGGCUAUGCUGUCUUGCAGGUGAAUUUCCGUGGCUCCGUUGGUUUUGGUAAACGAUUGACGAAUGCUGGUGAUGGAGAGUGGGGUCGAAAGAUGCAUUAUGAUCUAUUGGAUGCAGUUGAAUUCGCGGUUGCUAAAGGAAUAGCCGAUCGAGAUCAAGUCGCUAUUAUGGGUGGUUCAUAUGGUGGUUACGCGACAUUGGUUGGACUCACUUUUACUCCGGAAACUUUCGCUUGUGGAGUCGACAUUGUCGGUCCCUCAAACUUGCAAGGACUUCUCGAAGCAAUCCCUCCAUAUUGGCUUCCAAUGUACAACGAGAUCACAAAGAUGCUUGGCGCUGACAUGGACACCGAGGCUGGACGGCAAUCGCUUCGAGCUCGCUCACCGCUUUACUUCGCUGACAAGGUGAAAAAGCCACUCAUCAUUCUCCACGGCGCAAACGAUCCUCGAGUCAAACAGCAAGAGUCUGACCAAAUUGUGACCGCUUUACAAAAGCACUCAAUUCCCGUCACCUAUGUCGUCUAUCCGGAUGAGGGACACGGUUUCCAUAAGCCAAACAAUCGAAAAGCUCAAUACGGUUUCAUCGAGAAAUUCUUGCACGGUUGUUUGGGUGGUCAAUACGAGAGUUUCACUGAUGGACAGUACAACUCGACAGCAAUCUUAAAAGCUGAUGGUUUUGCGACAGAAACGAUCGCUUUGUCAACCACAGAAGAGUCCAGAGAAAAGCCAAAGACCGCGCCCGCACUUUUCUAUAGACCCGUGAGAAUACCGAUGAAUCGCGGAAUCUACAACCCAGUGCCAACCCGAAUCCAACAAAUGGCCCAAGCAGCCGCUACCGUGCAACAACAGCAGCAACAGGCCCCUCAACUCGCCUAUCCACCCUAUGUACACUCAGUCCCGCACGCUCAACCCAGUGCAUUCGGUGCCUCGACACCCAUUGGCCUUAAAUACACCUUUUUGGGA